AUGAAUAGCCUUGCUGCAAAUCAUGUUCUUUUAUUAACCUGUAUUCUCACAGCUGUUGGGUGGAUUGUGGCAUUUGUUGGAUUAUGUAUUGCCAACGUGUCAGUAAACCCCAUUUCAUGGUGGAUUGUAGUAUAUGAGCUUGCAUUAGUUAUCUUUGUAUGUAGUGUGCUAGGCACAGGUAAAAUGACUACGUAUCGGCUGGUGGUGAUCGCUUUGGUGGCUAUCAGUGUUCCUUAUGCAACAGACGAAGUGUCUCGAUACAUUGCAACACCCCAUCCUGCCCUUUCUGUAGCAUCGGCAGGAUAUAUUGUCAUUCUUGUUUCUCAGUUUUCAUGGCUCUUUCUUUUGGGGGUACAAAACAAUGAAUCCUUUGAACCUUUCCAACCACAUCAUCAUCACCAACCAGCCUAUUCUUAUCGUACACAUCCAUCCACACCCACAAUGACCUAUACAACUGACAUGGAUGUUACUAAAUCGACUGCUGCCGCUGCUGCUGCUUCACCUUACCCAAUGAUCUAUAAUCAAGAUAACACCGUCUUUGUAUCACCGCAUGCUGAAUACAACAUCCCUGUCGUUGCCUUGCACUCUUAUGAGGCCAAUCCUGAUGACCCCAAUGAGCUCUCAUUUACAAAGGGUGAGGUGCUCCAUGUGCAUGAGCGUAAAGGAAACUGGUGGCAAGCAAGACAAGCCGAUGGCACUGUAGGCAUGAUACCCAGCAAUUAUGUGACGCCCACCACCCAACCAAUUUAA